AUGGGUCCAAUUUAUCAAGCAAUACCAGUCAUGUCCGUUCACCUUUGCCGACCCGAGUCAGUAAUGCGUGUGAAAGAUGCCGUCGCCAUAAAACUCGGCUCAAAAGCGGCUUUGCAAAGCCGCCGGCGGCAGACGAGAACGUCAGCAGCACUUGUUGAGAUCGAAUCCCAAAAUGGAAAUACUGAUAGCAACUGCCCCUCGACGUCCAGAACCGAGAGAAAUGACACACACCUAUCUGAAGAGGUGCAUCAGGCGCAGUUCUUGAUGGAAUAUGGCGAAGCUGAAUCUACAAUGGGUAUCGCCCAGAAAAUAUACGAGCUGGAUAAGCAGGUCAUCGAUGAACAAUCCACAUCCGCCAUUCCAGGAUCGUGGAAUAGCACAGAUGUUGCUGACCGGCGCACUGUAGCUGGAGGCCAGCGGCGCCCUAUCUCAUCGAUCUUAGGGCGCCAUUUGCCUUCCAUGGAUGUGACAUAUUCCUUAAUCGAGAAAUACUUUGACUCAGUUCAUUGGUUUUCUCUUGUUAUUUACGAACCGACUUUUCGUACAAGACUACAGUCUAUUACAGACGGAUUCGCUCAUCCUUCCCAAAAGCCAUUCUUGCUGCUAUUGGCAGUCAUGCUGGGGAUGAGCGCCUGGUAUCGAUCACAAAGAACCGUCACGGAUGCAGCCGAUAGUAGUAAGUGGCGAAAAUUGAGUGCCGAUCUCAUGAGUCUUGUCGAAUUGCAUGUCGUGGAAUUGAUGGAUGAGUCUUCGGUGGCAGCAGCCCAAGUACUGAUUCUCUUUGGGUCACACCAUGUGUAUCAUGGUCGGCCAAACUUGUCGUUCUCUUUGCUCGGUGCAACUAUCAAGAUGUCUCAGGCUGCGGGGCUACACCGAGAAUCGGCUACAGGCAAGUUUGAGGAGAUUGAGGAACGGAAGCGAGUCUGGUGGACAAUAUACACUUGGGACCGUUUUGCGUCCAUCACCUACGGUCGGCCAUUGGGCAUCAAUGAUAAGGACUGUAAUCUCAGCAUGCCAGCGGAUAAUCUGGAGAAUCCAUAUUUUAUUACACCAAAUUCGGAGCAAGGGUGCACCAUUAGCUAUUCUCCUUACCAAAGAGAAUUAAACACCCUCUACCUUCUGGCAUCUCCAGCUCUGGAGUUUAUUUUUGGCUCGCGCACUUCAGGUUCCUCCAAGGCAUUGACUGGAGAUGUCUACAUUGAGCUAGUGAAAGAGGCGACCCAGAAUCUCCAGAAGUGGCAGAGUAACCUUCCUGGCUACUUGACUUUGGACUUCGACCAGGAUUUCGAACCCGGCAGUGGACCGAGUGCAAGAGCGCACGCUCUACAAUCCUUGUCGUUGCAAUUGACCUACGACAAUAUUCUCGUUGUCCUCCACCGGCCGUUGCUGGCAAGGCAAGUCAGACAUCUGUCGAUAAGCCAUCCCACUUCGGGCGCAGGACUUGGGACAGAAUCGCCCAAUCCACACCCUGAAGCAGGCUCACCAGCUCAAAAGCUGUCACCGUUUGAAGCCAUGUCGCCUAUUGAGCCGGUCAAAAGUUCAAUGCACUGGUGGAAUGCUGCCCUCAGAACGUCGCGUGUCACCGAAGUGCCGGUACUUGCUCAAUUGGCAACAGAUAGUCAUCUUGUCGCCUUCCUUGCCAUCAAUAUUUUCCAUGCUGCAAUUGUACUAGCGGUCAUGGCUCUAUCAGACCCAUUAUCAGACACAACCCAAGUGGCAAAGCGCACAAUUACCCGGAUCUUACGUCUACAGAGCCUUUUGGGUGAGCGGUCAGCUUUAUCAAGACAAAGUACGACCGUUUUGAAAAACGUGGUCACUCUAAUCCUUCGUCGCGAAUCGGAAACUAUCUUGGCUCCAGUCACAGGAAACAGUCAACAGACAGGGCACACAUCCGCAACGGGAUCAGCGUCCAUAUCCGUGGAAGACACUCUGCGACUGCCCCUGGAUGCCACAGUAACACCGAUCGACAGUUCCUUACGGCGGACGACAUGGCCAGACUAUGGCAGAAUUGAUCGGUUGAAUGAGAGUUUAGCGUCAGUUCAAAAUGUCAUUCCUUCUGGCAAGGAUGGUAGCUUCCAUGACACACACGGCGCGAGAGGAAGUCAAGAACAGCUGCCUGAUUUUCAGGAGCACGCCCCGGCUGAUAGCUCGUGGCAUGGGUCAUUCGAAGAUAACUGGAAUGACCCUAGCUUUCCCCUAGGAGUUCCAGAAAUCACCCCGGAAGCCUUCGGUGAUAACGGGCUGUAUUGGCUAUGGGACAUGUCAUGGGCCGGAACGGAUUCAUGA